AUGGGUUUUAAUACAUUAGACAAAAUGUUUAGUUUAACAACUUUCUUUUUCCUGUUUAGCUUUUGUUUGUUCUCUGGAUCACAAGGAGACACAUGUUGUGCAGCAAAUCCAAAAAACAAUUAUUACUUAGGAGACAAAAAGGUAAAUUGGGCUAACGCUAUUAUAGCAUGUCAAGUUGUUGGAAUGUCAUUAGUAAGUAUCCAGAGUCAAGUUAAGCAAGAUGAAGUCAGUAAGUUUUUGCAAUCGACAGGAGUGAAUUACCUAGGAUUCGACAACGGCAUAUGGACUUCAGGAAAUAGACUUCAGGACAAAGUUCAUUGGCUUUGGUUAGCUCAAGAACCUGUUGUGUACACCAAGUGGGAUACUCUCUAUAAUGAACCAAACAAUGCUACUGGGGACGAAGAAUGCAUAAGCAUAAUUAAUAACGGAACAACUACUGAUUGGAAUGACAUCGCUUGUAACCGCACGUUUUAUCCUUUAUGCGAGAAACAGAUUUGUUGUUCUAGUUGCCAAUCUUGUUCUUAAUUUUAUUAUUUAUUUAAAUGAUUUUACAAUAAUAUAAAUUACUUUUUGGUAUUUAUGUAAUAAAAUGGUUUUAACAUUAUAAUAAAAACAAUACUCUAUAUUGUAUUUAUUAAUGCUCUAUGCUCUAUACAAUGCUCUAUAUUGUAUGUAUUUUUGAUUAAAAAUUUAAAAAAUAUAAAAAGAGACACAGAUUAAUG